AUGGAUAUCUUCCGGUACAAGCGAUUGCCUGUAAUGUGGGAAGGUACACUGACCCUUGGCAAAAAGCUUACAGGAAAUGACUACGAGUACCGUCAAAGAUUCAACGCCGCCGCCUUGAACAACCUCCAUAUCAACCACACAGACAGGCUCAUAAUAGUUGACGAACAUGCUUCUUCCGAGCUGACAGCGGAGCAUGCCUAUAGUGUCAAUGGAUCUCUAUUAAUCAAAAAGAAAACUCAAACAACGGAAUUAUGGAUCAUGCCGCAAAGGAAUAAUGUCAUCAAUAAGGAUAAUGAGAUAUUGGAGCGUCAAGGAAAAGUGUUCAUAUCCGCGCUAGGCGUAGUACGCAGUUGUGAAAGAAGAGGGGACAAGGACGUAGAUGAAUGGUUAAUUGCGAUAGUUACCCAUUGGGAGUACGAUAACGAGGUGUUUGGUUAUACAGAGUUUGAAAUGGAAUAUUGGAUACGGAGAACGGACAAUCUGGACGAGGACUGGAUUGUUAUUGGAAGUGAGGUAACAUUAAUGGGAGAACUCUUCAGCUGUGGAGUGAAUUCGGCUAUGUGGCAAGUGAAGGCUGGACCUAACAUCAACACGAUGAAAUCAAAAAUCCUGUUUUGUCUUCUCCUUUCUAAAUCACAAACUCGAGUUUCUUCAAUGGAACAAGCCAAAAGCUUUGAAUCCGGGAUCACCAAUGAAGUUCUACAAGGGUUACCUGCGCUACGUUUGAACAUGCAUCAGCACAAGCCGCAAGACUUUCAAGGCAGAUCACUAACCUAUUAUUGGCCUUGUCAACUCGAAGACACUCCACGGGGAGUUGGCUCUGAAGCUGUCAUAUCUUCUGCUUGGUUAGGCGAAGCGCGUCUGUUUUUAAACGAAGCUGAUGCCGUAAAAUGCAUAACCUCACAACUUGAAGACAAAAAAAUCAUACCCGGGACCGUUCCUGACAAUAUCGUUCACGAGAAAGGGUCCUCAUCUUCACAAGACGUGGAAGAUCUGGCUGAAAUUACCCACAAAAAAAGUUCAUCUUCUGAAGCUCUUUAUCAUGAUGGAGAUGAUACGCCUAAUUCGGUUACAACAUCUAUUCGUAUGGUCAGGGGUGAAAGGUUCCAUAGACCUCUUGAGAAUCGGAAGUUGGAAAAGGGUCCUUAUAAGAACAAUCCAAGUGCUAAAGCCGCGAUCGCAGUCAACCAGAAUAAUGCAAUCUCAUCACGUGCCACGAAAUUUUGGAAGCCUGUGAAUUCAGCAUCACCUAUCACUCCCACUGAAGGAAAAUUGAAUGCACAACCAGAAACUGCUAAAGUGAAUCAACAGGAACACCACGAAUCCAUGGAAGAGGCUGUGGAGACUUCAAUUCAGAACCAGGGAUUUUGGAUUUUCUUUCGAUAUUGUCUUUGUCCCGCUAUCAGAGGUGAUCAUCCUCUCCCAGGAAUCCCCAGGAGGACAGCCAUGGGUCAAAUAUAUCCCGAUCAAUCCCUUAACCAUUGGGAUACAAGAAAACAAGAAAAUGAUCCUGGAAGGGAUGGAAAUCCAAGAUUUAUCGACAGGAAAGGAAGCAUCAGUGAAGUCCAAAACCCUAAAGAUCAUCCGCAAGAUUCAGCCUCUGUGUCCCCAGUAUGGCCUCUAUUUUUGAAUGAGAUCGAAGCAAGGGCUCCGGAAGAUCAGUUGAAAUCAGAUCCAUGGGAAAACAACGGCUCUAACCGAGAAUAUCUAGACAUUUCAAGUCGCCAACAAAACGAUGGAGAGUUGAAUGAAAAGGUGGAGCAGCCCAACAUCUUGUCAGAUCAGAUACACAAGAAGGAAAACAAAAAUCUUGAAAGCGAGUUGAUAGGAAUUUUCGUUGAGAAAAAAAGAGAUCAAGAAACAAAAAGUGAACUCAAUCAAAGAAAAACCUUUGCAGAUAGUCUCAAAUCCAAUGUAAACGAUUCUGGUCAUUCCAAGAAGAAGAUGAAAGGAAUUUCCGCGAAGAAAACGAGAGAUGAAGAGAACAAAGGCAAACCCAAUCAAAGAAAACCCUUUUCAAAUAUUCUCAAGUCCAAUUGGAGUGAUCCUCAAGAUUUCGAGAAAACUUGGGCAGGUGUUUCCGGUCAGAACAUGAGAGAUCAAAAACCAACUCUAAUUUCUGUGAAGAAACAAAUAUCACAGAACUCUGCGAUUGGGGCACAAGCAGAAAACACAGAAAGUCCCAUGUCAAAGGAUGCAGGCAUACAAGAUGAACACAACAACCCAGCAGGGUCAGAAGAGUCAUGGAAAAUAAAAAAAGGCAAAAAGUGGAAAAAUAAGUUUGAUUCAUCUAUAGAACCACAUUCAUAUGUGCCAGAAGACAAGGAAAUAGAAACACAGAAAAGCUUGUCACCAAACAAAGAAGUUUUAUAUGAGAAUAUGACCGGUGACAAAGUCAAGGAAAUUAGGGAUGCUGCAAAUAUAGCUGGUGAAAACUUUCUACAACUGAAGGGCAAGAGCACAGAAGAUCAUUUGGCACCUUCUGAAGGAAAAUCAGAGUUACUGGAGGGCGGCAAGAAGUCAAACAGAGAAAAGAAGUCAAGAAAGAAGACUGAGAAAACAAAGUCCAAGGUAUCUCCUACUGGAAAAGCUAAAAAGGAUGAUUGGGAGGAUAUCCCCAUCCUACCAGAAAUUCAAAAUGAUGAGCAUUUGCAAGUGACCAGACAUUCAAAUCUGGAGAAAUUACUGAAGAGUAUCAUCAAACCAGAGAAUAAGGAAGAUUUCAUGUAUAUCAAUCUUUCAGAUGAGACCGCCCAUGCAAUUAUCUCAGAACAAGAUCCUGAGGACUCAAAAAAAAUCAUAGAUGAUAUUGCUCUUUAUAAGCGUAAAGUUGAAGGCUUGCUUGGGCAGCCUGAGGCAAAUAGGAGGUUCAUAGCUUUCAAAGUUCAGUUCAGUCAAAAGGUGGCCAUCAAGAACUGGAAAGUGCUCAAGAAUGGGUGUGACAGUGAUGUCAAUCAAUUUCUGAAGCUUCUACGUGUACAGAAUGAAUGGCCUGUGUUUUACACUGCAGAAUCAGGAGAGAGUACAAUGCUCUUGAAUAAAUUGAAAAGCUUUGCACAAGAGCAAGUAGAUGAUAUUUUAAGUAUCAUGAGUUUUCAAGAGAUGUGCCAGCGUCUGGCAAUCAUGGAGGCCAUGUCAGAAAUCAAUAGUCAGGGUUAUGGAAAGGUCUUUUCAGAAAGAAGACUGCAGUUCUUGCGAAAGCAAGGAGUGCCAGUUGCAGCUUUGCUCAGGAUGGAACAUCUGUUGGGUUUGAAAGCUCCAUUGGAACAAAAUGCCUAUGUAAGAGACAGACCAAGUAACAAACUUCUUGAGAUAUAUUAUUUGAUGCAGGGACACAUCAAUGGAAAACCUGAAACUGAGGUUUCUAUGUACAAGACAGAAUGGAUUCAUUCUCCUGUGCGAAAGUACCUUGUUGAGAGUGAUGAAAAAUUGAAAAGAGAUUUUGAAGAUCGAUUUUGGUGCAUAGCUGAACAAGGAAGAUUUAUUACAGCAAAGCUCAGUGAUUUUCAGGAAUAUGGAAGCCAUCUUCAGGAUGAUUUGAAAGAAACCAAGUUAUCACUUGAUAGAGUUCUUCUCACAGCACAUUUUGGUAUCACACCUCAAAGAUUGGCAGAGAUGCAAACAUCUGAUUGUUGCCUAACUGAUGCCAUAUUUUCAGGUAUGACCAUAGAUCCUAGAUUUUGUACACAGAAUGAGGCACAAAUCAUUGGGCAUGAAGCAGAAAAAGACCAAUGGGAUAAGCUGGCAAGUUUUAUCAAAAGCAUUAAAAAAAGGGUGCCAAAAAUGUUAAAGGCUUUUGAAAAGCUUGAGAUAACUCAAAUAUAUCACAGCCCUGACUUGGAAUCACAAGUCUUGAAAAGAUUUUUCAGUAACUUUGCACCUGAAAAUGAAUAA